AUGGUUAACACUGCUGCAGCCAAUGCUACCGCAUCUAGUGGCACUGCUACUGGGGUCCAUAAUUUACCAACAAUGUCAGCAAAUAAGCAUCCCCCGUUGCCCCCAGGGUCCUUUGGACUGCCUCCAAAAUCCGGGAUAAUCGCCGGGAUUUCGGCCUCUUCGGGCCAAUUUGAAUUGCCGCCAUCCUCGUUUGCUUCGUCUGCUUCUUCAAACCAAAUGCAUCCUUCUGUUCUUCAAAGGGGGUACCCCAAAGUGCAGCCAACCCCUUCCAAAAUUUCACCGGUAAAGACCAUCCAGCAGCAAUCGGGAUCUCCCUCCCAUACUUUUGUCCCGUCCUCGUCAGCGCCGUCAAAUAGUAGACAAUCAUCUCCCGUCGUAAUACAGCAGCCUUCCGUUCGCGCUCCUCAAUUUGCAACGCAGUUCCAGCAGUAUCCUCAGCAUGUGUCAUCCCAUAAUCACUAUCAUCAUCACCAUCAUCAUCAUUCAAGCCUCUCAAUGAGUAUGAAUGGGCUUCCUUUCUAUCGAGAUGCGCUUCCUCAUGCUUAUUUUAAAUUGUCCCUAGCCUCAAACAAUAGGUUGAUAAAAGACGAUCCAUCCACGGCCGUCGAUGAAGACAAUAAUAUUUCACUUGCUGCGACAUCAACUUCAGCAUCCAAUGCUGGUUCGAAUCAAUUUGUCAUCGCGCCCACAGCUACUACCCAAUCCUCGUGGCAUGCAUUGGAUAUGAGCGGCGUUGGCCUCCGUCAAUUAUCCCGAUCUUCGCCACUUUUUGGAAAUGGAUUUGGGUUCUCAUCCCUAGUAAUGUCUCUUACCGGUCUCUAUUUAACGGCAAAUUUCCUGCAAGAAAUCCCACCUGAAAUCGGGCUGUUAAAAAAUCUUACCAUACUCCAUCUUGGCUAUAACCGAUUAAUGACCUUGACCCCUGCUCUUGGAUAUUGUACACAACUGAAAGAGUUGCAGCUCCAAGAAAACGAGCUUUGUUCUCUUCCCUCGAGCAUUGGAAACCUUCAUCGCCUGGUAUCUUUGAAUUUGGAGGGCAAUCCAUGGAGUGAUCCGCUCCUUCUUUCUGCACUUUCAAACAUCGGCAGCAUUCCAUCUAUGUCUGCAAACUCAUCUAGCAUUGCCCCUGUAUCUUCUGCUUUACACGCGACCUCUGUUUUGGCCAAUAGAACAGCCUCACUUAUCAUCCCAUUUCUCAGAGAUAAUGUUUCUGUGGGUGUUUCUCAGCCUCCGCCAAGGAGAUGGGAGGUGCUUGGCCCAAAUAACCAUCAAAAUCAGCUUAGCAUCGAUCCUCCCAUCCUAGUUCUGUCUUGGAACAUUUUGGCGGAAAUAUAUGCGGACCCAUCAAGAUACGGAUAUACACCGUCUUGGGCACUCUCGUGGCCUUAUCGCCAAGAGUCAAUUAUUCAAACCCUUAGAGCUUCAGGAGCCGAUUUCAUUAUUUUGCAGGAAGUCGAAGUGUCUGUCUUUCAUUCGCUUAUAGAAGAGCUUAGAAUGGACUCUUCUAAUUAUUAUGAAGGAAUUUUCCAGCCGAAGCAUAGAUUUAGGACACUUUCCACCAAUAACGAUCCGAAGACUUCUCCCGUCGAUGGUGUUUGCAUAUUUUGGCGGUUUGGACGGUUCUGUUUGGAUUUGGUUUCCCCUAUUGAAUUUUGUUCGCCAUCACUUUUGUCCGAACGCUCAAUGAACUCCACUACGCUUAGAUCUUCCUCGCCAAUCAAUUCAUUUUCCAUUUUAGAGCCUGGCCCUCCUAUUGUUGGAUCAUCUUCUGAUCUCUUUAAUAGGGCAAUGCUGAAGGACAAUGUUGCUCUUAUUGCCCGCUUUAGGCGUUUAGAUUGUGCCAAUUCUCCUCCCCUGAUUUUGGGGAGCGUUCAUCUUCAAUGGGACGAGACAUUUAAAGAUGUAAAAAUGCUACAGGCGUCGAUUUUAUCACAAAAGCUUCAGCAAAUGGCCUCCUUGUGUGAUUCCCCGUCAAUAAUGAUUGCUGGCGAUUUUAACGCCAUCAUUGGAUCUGGUACACAUUCGAUCUUUUCGGAGGGAAAUAUCACGGGAACCCAUCCAGACUGGCUUGGGUUUUCCUAUCCACCAUUCACCGAUUCGCUCGCCGGUGCCGCCGUGAAAAAAGCGACUCCUCUCAAGUCUGCUUAUCAUUGUGAAACAAAUGUCUUCAUCGAAGACGACCGCAUUUCUACAAUCACAGACACCUUUUCUGGCCUCAUUGAUUACAUUUGGUUUUCAGAGUCCAAUCUUCAAGUAACUGGGCGCCUGGCCCUUCCAACGGCAGAAGAUGCAUCCCUAGAGGGAUUAGUAGGUCUUCCGAGCAUUCACUUUCCUUCUGAUCAUCUUCCAUUGAUGGCGGAGUUUGUACAGCUUGCUAAAGUUCCGGAAGAAGCUAAAUCCACCCCAGCUCCACAUCCAGGAAAACCUCCUCAUCGAGCCAGUAGGUAG